AUGGAUGAAAAUCAACCCGAAUCUGAUUAUAAUCCUGAAGCAGAAAGUGAAAUCGAUGAUGCUCAGUGGCGUUAUCAAAGUCGAUCAAACAAAAAAAGAAUCAAGGCACCGCGAAUUGAUUCCUUUGUUCAUGGUAGAACGAUUAUAUCAUCUGUACGUAGCAAUGGUAGAACGGAUAAAAAUAUAACACGCCCUCCAUCACCACUACAAGCAGAACGAAAGAAUGAUAAAAAGAACGAUAACCAUCAGCUGUCAAACGUCGAUGAUACUCAGUAUGAUUCUUUUCAUGAUAAACAAAAUUCCAAAAACAAUAAUAAUAAUAAAAAAUUUACCAGUGCAAAAGAAAAAGAAAUUGAUAAACGUAAAUCGAUUGAUGAAAAUGAAAUAUAUGUGUCUCAUCAAGUAGUGCGAUUUGCUGUCGAUGAUCGUUUUCCACCGAUUAAAAUUGAAUGUUCACCUAAACUAAAAAAUCAGGAAGAGGGUUCAGUUGUUGUUAAAAAUUUGCUAAAUCAUAUUGAACAAGGCUUUAAAAAAUUAAAUCCACGCUUCGAUCAAUCUUUUGGUUUUGAUCAUUAUACGGUAGACAAUAAUGGAUGUUUAAUUUGUUUUACGAAUUAUAUUGAAUUAUUCAUAUACAUGUGUGACAUUAAUAUUUAUCCAGUUGAUCUUAAUAAAAUAAAAAUUAGACCUUUAUUACCAACAAAAUUACCUGCAAGAAAUGCAAUUAUAUUGAAAUUUAUCUAUAAUAAAAUCAAAUUUGAAGAUAUCCAAACAAUCGUUCAUGAGAAAUUGAAAAGUGUUUAUGCCAUCGAAGAAAUUAUGGGAACAAAAACAUAUCGUUCACGGCAUAUUCGAGUUGAUUUACGAUCUAAAGAUGAGUAUAAUAGUUUACUAAACAGUGGCAAAUUUGUUCUAGGUGGGCAUCUUUAUGAAAUAGAUGAAUAUUUACCAGCACCUAGGAUUCUGAUAUGCAACAAAUGUAAUGAUCCUGGACAUGUAAAGAAGAACUGAGCUAUUUAUUUACCACCUGGCAAACCAUUCCCACAUGAUCUAUUUGAUAGAAUCAUUAACAAACCAUUCUACAUAUUUGGGGACUAUAACGCAAAGCAUACUGAUUGGCAUUGUAGUAAAACAAAUGCCAGUCGUUCUCAAUUAAAGGACUGGCUCGAUAAAACAGGAUGUGAAAUGAUCUAUCCUAUUCAAUCUACAUCAAAAAGGUCCACAGCAAUUAUUGAUUUUGGUAUUACACAUAAUGCUCAAGGUUGGAAAGCUGAAAUUAUAAAAGAAGGAUCGUCCGAUCAUUACCCUGUAUUAAUUGAAGCUCCACUAACAACAGGAACAAAUAAUUAUUUUCGAAAAUCGAAUUGGAAAAUAUUCUCUUUCUUUUUAAAAUGUGUCUUUCCUUAUUUCAACUCCGUAGUUUAUAAUCUUCAACCUGAUGCUUUUUUUGAACUUUUUUCGGCUUUCCUUUCUUCAACUUGGGACAGAAUUAAUGAAUACUUACCAAUUGAAAAAUAUAGACCACCUUGGCCACCACACUUGGUACGUAUGGCAAGAGAACAAAACAUUGCGAGGAAAAGAUAUUGA